UAGAAACAAUAUAUUUUCACAUGCAAAGACGUGAGUCCGAUUUCGUGCCAUGGAGAAGCCUAAAAAUUGGAACGAGCUCUUGCAUGAGGCCACAUACGUGAUUGCACCUUUCCAGCGGGCUUAUAGAUGGAAGACGGAGAUGGCACUACGCCUGUGGCUUGACUGCUAUGACCAUUUUGCCACCAAUUCAUGUGCAGAAGUAGAUGAUGGGUACCACCUUGGGUCCAUCAUAACCUACAAAGACAACGCUGAUGAGUUUGUCCGCUAUGUGGUGGACGGACAGCAGCGGUUGGUGACGCUUUGGAUCUUUUUCAGAGCCAUGUUCUUUUGGUGCAGUCACCAUGAAGAAGAUCACGAAAGAACAUGUUCGAACGUGGUGGACAUUGCAAAUGGAGAGCUGGCCUUCCCCAGAAAAGGGCGCUCUAGAACUCGGCGUUUGAAGUUUGCCGCGAGGAGUACAGUAGAUGGCUUUUUCGAGAGGUUCUUUGCAAAGAAAAUCGGGUAUGAGACUGAUUGGGAUGAGCUCAAGGAGCUUAUUUGCCAUGACCCACCUAAUGAUCAAGAGAAGAAGUUUGUGAAUGUCUUCAGGGCAGCUCUCUUCUUUAUGUGCAACCAUUUUGGUCUCCCAGAUGACCGGGGCAUGGUCCAGUCCGGCAACUUGGAUUCCAAAGACUACCAAACAUGGAUACCCACCCACUAUCGGGAACUCUAUUUGGACAAGACGGAGAGGUGCAAGAAAUUUGGAUGUGCAAACAAAAUCCAAGCAUUCGCAAAAUUCAUGGUAGCCAACUUGCAUGUGGCCCUCAUCUCGGUUGAGUCCAAAACGAAAGCUAUGCAGAUGUACCGAUCCAUCAACAACCAAAGAGAUCACGCUGAAACCGCUACUGAGAUGGAGAUUUUGAAAGCCAUGCUUCAAGCUCCAACAAAUGAGCACCAGACAGACAAGUACGCCCAAUGGGAGAACUGUGCAUCAGAGUUUCGAGGGACAACAAGAGACGAGCUUGAUCUCUUUGCAUACUACAUGCAUGUGAUUGUCGAGCUGACACCGCGCCCCAGUGGAAAGUUGGAAAAAAACAGCAUGGAGGAUUUCGCCAAGUCUCCCACGCAAGACAAUUUUGAGGACGAGCCCUACCAAUGCACACUGAUAGAGCACAUAAAGCGACGCUUUAUUGUUGAAGAUGAACAAGACAGAGUCCGUCGCAAGCUGUUUGAUGUGAAGAAUCCAACCAAGCUGGAUGAGAACGCCGUGGAUCUGUUCUUCAGCAAAUGGAUGAACACUGACUCAGUGGUGUGCUUCUUAGGUUUCCUGAGGGUGGAUGAUCACAGGUGGGCGCAAGGACAUUACUUGGGCCAGACAAGCAGCAAGCGCAUUCAAAAUACAGUGACCUUGCUCAAACAUGUUGCGCACACGGGCUUGGAUAUGGAUUGGGUAGCUCCUGCAUUCUUUUUUGUGGUCAAGUUUCGCUGCAUGCAAAGCAGUGACCACUUGAAUGCUGCGGCAGAGUUUUUUGACUUGCUUGAGAAGGGCUUUGUAGCCUACAAUGCCUUCUGCAAGCGUGGGAAUGGAAAGGCCAUGUUUGGGCGCCCAGGCCAUUCCAAGACUGAUGCGGAACAAGUGUUUUGCCGCUACAUGAAGCACUACCGAGAGCUCAUCGGCGUCAUCUACAAAGAGGACAAUCCCACAAGCAUCCUUGAAUGGAUGCGGAAGAAGUUUGUAGACUGCCGCCACAGCCUACAAGAGGGUGUAGUCGAUUGCUUCAGCCAGACUGUGAAAUUCAGCACUGAGAGCGCCAAAGCUUUCUACAAGGUGCGGGCCACGUAUUUGUUGCUCAAGGCAGAGUGUGUGACCACGCCAGAUGAAUCCGAGCUCUACACAAAGCUGUCUGGCUGGUUGCCAUCAAACCUUCGUGGUGGGUGCCCUCGUGGGUUUGCUUGCGUUGAUCGAACGCAUGGGCCCAUCGCUUUGGAGCAUAUACACCCAGAAUCUAAUCUGGGUGACCAGGAUGCUUGGGCCGCAGAUGACCACAAAAACAUGGUAGACAAUCUUGGCAACUACUGUUUGCUUGUGCCAGAAGAGAGGAAUGCUUUUACCGGCUCCACAUUUUUACAGAAAAAAAGAAUGCUUGAAAGAUCUGGCUUUGGUUUGUCCAAGCGGAUUGCCGCUCGGGACGGGCAGACUCGGGAUGAGUGGAGCACAAAGGAUGUCAAGCAAAGACGAAAAGAGUUGCUUAGGCACGCAGUUUGUGGUUGGGUGGGGGCCGUUGAGGCGGCAACUAUUGACGAUGAGGCCGAGGUUGACCUUGACGGAGUAAGAACCCCGUAUCCUGUUGCAGAGGUGGCGCAGGAAGAAGCUGCUGCUGAGGUACCUGUGGCGGAUGCCCAGAACAAGACCAGCCUAUGUUCGCAUCUCUACCAAGAGGACAACAUGCCCAGAGAUGUAGAGGAUGCCAAAAGGAAACAGUGGCGCUGUGGUGAGCUGCUCAACAGAAACUGCUUCAGUGCUCAUACUUACAAAGAGUGGCGAUGUGACUUUGAGAGAGUGAAGCAAUGUGAAGAUACAUGUGAUGGAUCGAAGUGGAACUGCCCCAAGUUUGCAGCCGAGAGGCAGCGCAUUUUGGAUUCAUAUCCCAACAUCAUUGCUGAGCAGGAUAGCAACAGCGACCUCCCAGAAAUGCCACAACCUGCAUCCCAUUCCGUGCCAAAUCCUCCAGCCGCUGUGCCUUCGCCACGGGUGCGGACGGUAGGCAUCGUACAUUCCUCAAGACGAAGUGGAAGAGGGUAUACUGGCAAGAUUGAAUGUACGCAUGAAGGAUCGAGGAUAAAUCCAAUGCCAACGUUUGAUGACGAAAGGCAGGAUCUGAAGACCAACCAGUGUGUCACCUUUGACUUGGAUCUGACAGAUCCAGGCAGGCCAAGAGCCAGAAACAUCCAGCUGGACACCCGUUCAGAUUUGCAACGGUGGAUGCGCAACUACAGGCCCAUGCUUGAUGAUAGAGCAUGGAGCAGACUACAGAGAGCACCCCUAGUGGCACAACAGUAUGUCAGGCAAAGGGUUGAAAAAAUGAAGCAGAAGAUUCAGAACUUCAAUGGUUUCUUUAUGUCUCUGCUCAAUGAAUAUGAGGGUCAACAGAGGCGAAAUGCGUACGAGGAGCAAAAUAGACUCCGCAGAAGAGGCCGCAGCAGGAGCCCUUCCAAGGACAAAAAGCGACUCAGGAGAUGAGAUGGAGCCUAGAUCUAGAUCGCGUCAGAAGCGGAGCAAAAGAAGCACCAAAGUGCAGAAGCGGAGCGCAACUGAACUAAGGGGUUGCACGUGCUAAGGCUUAAGCCAAGGGGCUGGCAGAGUGUAGGUUGAAUGGUUCACAUUGUCAUCUCAUCCUUUCAGGUCAACAGGCUCUCUGGCAUUUGUAGUAACA